AUGCCUCCACAUGGUUGCCCUCACAGUUGUGCAAGUGGGCGUGCAUGUGGACAUGGUGCUGCCCCACCAGUGGAGGAUGAUCCAGGCCUUGCUAUUCCUGAUGAUAGAGAAGACUGUUUUGAUGAAGAUGAUGGCCUUGGGGAGGAUGAUGAUUGGAACUCACCUGAGAACAUCACCCUCAAGAGUUGGGACAGGCUGGAACAGAGUGAUGAGCUCAAAAUGCACUUGCUGAAGACAAUGGUUUGUGUCAUACUCCCAGUGGGUGAUGAAGAAGACUUUUUGUCUGAACAUCCUAUGGCUCAAAGUGCUGGCAACACCAAGAGCACCCUCAACAACCUAGCAGCUGCAUUCCAUACAAUCAGGAUGCGACAUCACAAGUUCCCCAUUGUCCUGCAAACCUCCAGGAACAACAUUAUCAACUGGAAUGACAUUGCCUGCAAUGUCCUUGCCAGCAACUCAGAAAUCUUUUACAUGUACAUGUUUUGGCAGAUGAAGUAUUUCCAUAUACAUUCCACAUACUGCUUUGGUGAACAUGCCACCACCAUUGAGUAUGAUGCCAUCAUGGAUUGGUGCUUCAUGAAGAUCUGCUCAGACAUUUUGCUCCAGUGGUUUGACAAAUUCAAGGCAUGGGCUGAUAACCCUCAACAUAAUGUGAAUGAGGCUUACUUGAUACCUUAUUCUGUUAUGUUGAUCAAAGCACUGAAUGAGAUUUACAACCCUGUCAACCCCGUGGAGACUGCUCUGGUUUUACCAUAUGAUCACUAUAUGUACGGCAAGCUGUGGGUGGCCAAGGUCCAAAUGUUCUUUGAUGAAUACCCCACUGCCAUUAUCCUCACCCCACACAUUGUCCUGACAAUUGUGGCAUGGUGGGUCCUGCCCCAUUACAAGCAUGUAUUGAAAGGCACUGGUAUGCAAGCUGAAGGAGGACAGCCCCCCACAUUUGCCAUGCUCCUUGCUAACAUGCACAUUACCUGGGACAAAAACCAGGACUUGCAUGAUGAGUACAUCUGCUAUGCAUCAAUGUGGUUCAGGGAUCCAAGCUGGAUUGGGCCCCCUGCAGGGCAGGCCUUGUGCAUAGAACCUGUCAUUGUCAAGGUUUUGGAAGCCCAGGCCACAUCACAAGCAUGCUUUCCCACACUCAUGACCAGUCUGGAUUGGUAUGAGCUGCACAAGGCAUUCAUGACUUAUCAGCUCCCCAUAGAUGAAGGCACAGCUGCAGCACUCCAAAAGUUCUUCAUGCAUGAAAAGCACCCUUUCCCAGACCUCCCACCUGGAGAGGAAAGAAGACUGAUUGUUCCUGCAGAUUUCCAGGACACUUGGGAGCAAAUUCAUAAGCAUUAG